GUUGUCACUUGUCCGGGAUUUCGCGUAGUCGUCCGUCGUCUGUCGUAUUUGUAAUCAUUCACGGUAUGAUGGUGAAAAAGUGACAAAAAAUAAUGAUCAUUGUAAUAAUGACAUAAAAAUAAAGAUUGUAACAGCAUACUAUGAUAAUGUGUGAAAUGAUUGUAACGAGUGAUCAAACAGGACAGUAACAAAUGAUGUAACAUGCAUCGGCAUACCGGCGAAUAGAAAUAAUGUGAGGUUAUGCAGGUUGUCCCGAAUUUAAAUGUUAAAACUUGGGAAACAUGUGGAAAAUCGGCAAACUAAAAAGAAAAGCCCCUUUUGAGAGAUUUGUUCGUUUUUGCUUCGCAAAAAAUCGCAAAAAGAAUAUGAAAGAAUCAUCUGACAUUAAGCUGCGACACACAUCUGUAUCUGCAGGAGAAGAAGCAUGUUCUAAUGAAUGAAAUUUGUUACAUCAAAAAUGACUGAGUCCGGUCUGGAAGCAGGCUCGAUAAGUUCGCACGAGAUUACGUCUGAGAAUUCCAGUUUGAACUGUGAUGUGAUGCAGAUGACAGAAUAUUCCUCUACUGAAGAUGAUGUUUCUGAUCGAAUACAUACCGAAGAAACAUGUAACAGUCAUGAACCACUCUUGGCAAACGAUGAAUAUUGCAAGUCUUUUAAUAAUGACGAUUGUCGAGCUGCAAUCCAAUCCGUAUCAAAUAAUCAUAGUAAAACGCAUUCAACUCUUCAAAAGGGAUAUCAAUUAGCGGAUACUUUAGAGAAUAUUCAAGAGACAAGACUAAACACCGAUGAGAUUUUUCAAUACAAAGGUCGAGAAUCAAGCGAAUCGUUUCAUAAAUUAGACUAUGAUAAUGAUGAAAACAAAUGCUUUGAAUUUAUUAAGCCUGUCUUUACAGAAAAUAGUUACCAUGAAGGAACUUCCAAAAAUUGUAAAUUGGAGCAAAAAAUACAGCCUGCUGUUGAAGAAUUAGAAAGUACAAGGGUUAAAGCAUUGGACCAUAUGCAUCCUACUGACAUGACAGGUCAUAAUAGUUGCUCUACAAGUGGUUCUUAUUUUAUCGAUGCAUCUACUCUAAAUGAUGAAAUAGACAUUGUAUCUACAAAUGUAACGAAGAAUCAAUGCACUACUAAUAGUCAUCCAUCGUUACCAUACUUUUCAGUUUCUUCAAAUUAUGUAGAUUGUACAGCCAAUAGAUCGGACGGUACAGUAGAAGGGCAGUCACAUAAUUUUACGUCAGUUAAACCAUGCAAAUCGACCGUGCAAACUCGUGAAACUUGUGAGCAAACGACAGAAUUUGAACGAGAACUAAAGCUCACUGAAUAUUUGCAACUGUCUUGUAAGUCACGUAAAGCAAAGCGAACGGAUACCGCAUUGGAAGAAACAGCAGAUGCAAACAAGCUUGCAAACAAAGAGUCAUUGAUCGUAGAAAUUAAGGAGGCAGACAGUGGGGAGAGUGCACAUUCCUCUCCAUGUCCUGAUAAUAGAAAAAUAAGCAGCGAUCGAGAUAAGAAAAUGGAAAAGUCAACUAACAUUAAAACAAUAGGAGGUGAAAGUGAAAGCAACUGUAUUGCGAAUGAGAGGCAGCAAUCGAUGCUCAUCAGAAGAAACACGUUUGAACUUGAUUCCAACGACGAGAAAUUAUCCGUUUUGAGACAAGAAUAUGAACGUCGGCAAGGUAGUCUUGUUUUUCAAAGUGCCAUUCCACAGUAUUCAGGACACCGUGUAGAUGGAGAUUCCAUUUGUCAUGCAUCUUCCGAAGCUCCUCCGAUUACCGAGUCAUUGAUUAGUUUCGCAUCUGAAGUACAGAUUACUUCUACUAAUACUCAUCGUCCGAUGUCGUAUUUAUUUGAGGAUUACAAAUACGAAAUUAACCAGAUAGAAACGCAAAAGAGUCCUUUAGAAAAUAACUUGAACAGAUCCUGCACGAUUUAUCCUGUAACCAAAAGUGCCAGCGAUAAAUCAAUCAUGAACUACGAUGCAGAAUCGGACGACGUAUCGAAUUGUUACAGCAAUAGUUUACCAGUUACUUUAAAUUCUACCUUAGAGAAAAAUGAUAAGAUGGAACAUAUAAAGAGAAAUAGACGAGAUGAAGCUACUCCGAUUAUCUCUGGUGGUGUUAGCACUUUGGAUUAUUUCAAGUGUUCGGACAGUCCGAUUGUGCGACGUAAAACGGAAUCUACACCAAUCGUGUCAGGAGGUUCCGUGAUUAUGCAUAAUCCUGAGGUCAAAGCAAAGCCUCCUAAAAUGUCUUCUUCUUUGACUGCUUGGGUAGUUGACAUGAGCGAUUGCAAUGAAUCGAAAUCUCAAAGCAAUUCUCAAAGUAUGUCGCAAAGUUUUUCCACUUCCGGAACUUCGAAAACUUCGGAAUUUUUACAAAACCCCAAAAAUCACGAAAAAUGUGGCAGUUUGGGUUUUUUUGUCAAUUUAAAAGAUAUUAACGAUGUUGAUCUUGGCAAAGGCAAAGGCAAAGGCAAAGGCAAUCGUUCAUCUGAAAGAAAAAAUCAGAAUAGUAAUAGUAAGCCCUACUGUGAAUUUUAUAUAGAUAUUUCUGACAAAAAUAACGACAUUCAAAUCAAGCUACCAGAGAAACAAGAUAUAAGCGUGAAAGACGAUAGUCAUAAGAAAAUUGGGAAAAAGAACAUUUUUUCAAUGUUCAUUGAUUUAAGUGACAAUUGUGAAAGCAAUAGGGAUGUUGCUCACAGGCAGAACUUGUCAAUAGUUGCUAAUAAUUUAGCAGAUAUUAAACCGGAUGAUAAUAAUUCCAAGAUUAAUAAUUUACCAAGAGAAGAAAGAAGGGAGAAAAUCAAGCCUAGUGUUUUCAUGUUUAUAGAAUCUGAUUCUCCUAUAACGAGAAGGCGUACACUGUCAACUUCGCGAUCAACACUCAAGCGACAUUCAUGGAAUCUGGACAAGACUCAAUCGGCAAAUGACGGUUGCGUAGCGAAAGAGCUUAUGUUUAGAAAGGAACACAAGCGCGCACAUAGCAUGUCAAUGGACAAUCGUAAUGACUUGAAACAGUUCCAAGCUACGAGUAAUUCCAACCAUUCAUUGAGCGACGCAACCAAAGCAGAAGCUUCGGUUACAGAAUACGAUAAUACGAUAAAUUUUAAAGCUUUACAAGAACAGGAAUAUGAUUUAAACAAUAUAGCUACGUCAUCGGAGGAUGCAUCCGAGUUUGAAGUAAAAGAUACUCCGCCCAAUUCUCACGUGGAAAUUAAAAACGUUGAGGAACUGCGCGUCAAUGCAAAUUCUCACGAAUACAAGAUUUCCGAUUACGUAGAAAAUCGAAAAAGUACCGAGACAAAAAUUUAUAAAAAUCAGCUUUCGGAAGUUUCCGUCUGGAGAAAAACCAUGGAGAACAGAGAAGAAGAAAAUCGUAAAAGUGAGACAUUCGAUAUUAGCAGUGGUGAACAUUCUCCGGACAGUGAUAAUCAUGAUCACUAUGACUUGCCUAACUUGCUAAACGGUGCAAUUUCAGAUAUCAAUAAUAGAACGCAAAUAAUCACCGCAGGAAACAGCAGCAAUAAGAUAUCGGAAACUUGUAAAUCAUUGAAUGAGACUAUUAAGAAGAUAGAAUGCGAAUUGAAGGAACCGGAAUAUAAUAAUACAGAGCAAGUAUAUGAUUGCUAUCCAUCAAAGAAUGACAAAAUUUCUAGCUGCAAUUUAAAAAUUCGCGAUUCUGAUAAGAAAAAUUCCUGCAGCUUUGUACGUUUGUCAGAUUUGGAUGUAAAGCCGACUGUUAAUCAUGCAAUGAAUGCCUUGAUGGUGAAUGAUGAUAGAAGCAUGUAUCAGAGUAUCAGCUUGAGCAACAGUAUUUCAGAAACGUCAUGGAUAGAGAACAAAUUGGGGACAACGAGAAAUAGUUCAAUCAAACCGGUUUCUAAGAAACUUGUUUCUGUCAUGAGCACGUCACUUCCUUCCAACAAACAAAAGUCACCAGCUGAGAAUUCCAUCUAUGAUUAUGAAGGGGAAGAGAUUAUUUCCGAAUCUGAUCUUAGCAGCAUGCAAAGUAGUAUGGGACGUUCUGGAGCCGAUGGAAGCACGGAGGAAACCGAAACAUCAAGCAUACUUGGAACAAAACCAUACAAUAGAUUGGGCGAAGAUUUAUUGCGGAUGUUCUUGGAAGAAAUUAAUCCUGACAUUACUAUAGAUGUUGCUGGUCAACACAUAAGAGCACAUAAAUGUAUAUUAAGUUCUCGUUGCCAAUAUUUCGCUGCAAUUCUUAGCGGCGGAUGGGUCGAAAGUGCAGGCAAUAUUAUUCCUUUGCAAGGGUAUUCUUAUAAUGCAGUUCAUUUUGCAUUAUGUCAUAUCUACAGUGGGGAAAGUAAUAUACCAGAUUCUAUAAGCAUCGUUGAAUUGGCAACAUUGGCUGAUAUGUUGUGUCUAGAAGGUCUCAAAGAAGUUAUAGGAUAUACACUUAAACUUAAAUAUUGUCACUUGUUUCAUAAGCCUUGCCAAGUGUGUGCUGUUGGAGUGUUGGAGUGUAUGCCAUUAGCCGCAGCAUAUGGCUUAGACGAAGUAUAUAGAAAAUCACUUAGAUGGAUCACAAAACACUUUGUACGAAUAUGGCCAUGCAAAGCAUUUGCAACUCUUCCGCGAGAACUGAUGGAGAAAUGCUAUCAUCAACAUAUAGUUCACAUGUCCUCUGAUAACGUACUCCAAACUAUGAUGGAUUGUGAUAAAUUAUUGGCGACUUUGCCGAAUGUUCGAUGGGCAGAACCCGUAUUUCGGAUGGUAUCGAAUCUACUGGAGACUUCAGUCAAGUUCUUGUCAGAAAAUUUCACGGGCGUCCUUGGAAAUGAAAAUUUUCAAAUGCUUGGACACGAGUUAACGUGGAAUAUUAGCCGCUUGGAGGAUAAUUUUUUAGCAGCUAUCGAACAAUUGCCACCCGAACAAGCAUGCAAAAGUUAUUCUAAAUUGAAUAAAAUGCUACUCGCAUCGCAGACAGAUAAUCUUCAAGGCAGAAAGUGGGGAUCGUUAUUCAUUGAUUUUCUGCAGAAAAUUCAAAGUCACGUGGAAAAAUGCUUAGUACGUGACGCGACGCGUGCCGUAAGAACUACCGCGUGGUUGAAAAUGGAUCUGGAGCUUCGCAGGAGAAUACAAGAAUUGGCUUGUCUCGUAAUCUUACCUCAUGAAACUUACCUCAAGACACGCACAUUCAAACGUUCGAACAUCUCAAAGGAAUCAAUUGUGCAAGCCAAUCGCCCGAUGCUAACACGCAACUUAGACUUAAAACGCGUAAAAAUGGCAAUUUCGGAGCACAACGACAAAACCUUAAAGCAGGUCUCAUCAUCCAAAGAGAUGAAAAAAAUUUUGUGCAAAUCGAAAACGGAUCCACCUGAACGUAAGAUGCAAGAGGAUAAACAAAUUACUGUUGAAACAGUCAGGCCAAAAUCAUGGCCCAACAAAAUAGAGGUAAAAUCGAGAUAUCUAGAACCAAGAAAUAAAUCUGCCGCUAAGGAAAGCGUAUCUGCAACACAUCAGGAUAAGAUGAGUGUGCAACGACGCAAAGUCAUGAUUUCUUCGUCCGACUCAUCACGCACCGCUAGUCCAGCAAUGAAACGUGCAACAGAUAAAAAGCCACAACCCAAAACGAAGCUAUCAGUGAAGAAAGAUGUCGUGAAGGCGCUCUCGUCAGACAGUUUAACGGAAGCAAAUGCGGUUCGAAUUGGUAACAAGAGAGAUUUGAUCAGCAAGAGCUGCGGUAUCACGAGACCCGAAUCACCUUCGUUGAAACAGAAAAACAGUAAAAUAGAUUUAUCAAUUGAUUCCUUGGACAUACAGAGCAAAGCAUCGGCAGUUUCGAAAAAAACGGCAAAUAAGAUCGAUCCAUCUGUAGCAGAUAGUGUCACGAUGGAGGUACCGACAAAUACCCUUAAACCCAGUACAAUCAACAAGCUAUCACCUGUUUUGACAAAAGCCAUGUAUAAAACGCAGGUUUCUGACAGGACGAAAAAAGGUUCGCCGCCAACGCAACAAAAGAAUUUGACCACUACAAGACGACCUCCGAGAUCUCUGGAAAGUUCCACUGCCGCUAGUCGCAGUAGGGCGGCUGCUAUUAACAAUAUGUAUCAUGGUUCACCUAGUUUGCGCAGAAAUUUAUUGGACGCUGCGAGAACGCCAGAUGUCUCUGUCAAACAGGUGAAUACAACAGCUUCUCUCAGGACGCGACAAAUUUCGCAGACGAAUGGUUCUCCUAACAUGAGAAGAGACAAAAAGGAAGUGCAAAAUUCUCAGAGUUCUGACAGCCCCAACAAGAAAUUGUCUCCAAAAUCCGGUGUUGUUAACAGAAUCAACAAGUCACUAAUUAGUGGAAAAAGAAAUGUUACUGGUAAAAUUGAUGAUAAAAUUAAAAAAUGCCAUAAUGGGGAUGCGCAAAAGCAGCCUACAGUAGGUUCAAGAUCCGGUACAUUUCUUAAAGACGAGCCUACGGUACUUAAAAGGGCGGACAUUAAAUCGUCGCAAAUUAAUAUUUAAUUUCAUUAAGAAUUUAAUUCUAACAGUGAGAGACGUCUGCGCAAUAUUUGGUUUUCAGCAUUGUUUACCAGUCAAUAAGAAACAAUCACACGCACGCGCAGGUACGUACACACACACACACACACACGCACACACGCAAAAUGAAAGAGAAGCCAAGAGAGCUGUUGCUAGAUUUGUGAAGAGUAGCGUGUAAAGUAUCCAUUCCUCUAGUCAAGUAUAUAUUAGGUAUAUUCAUAUAAUUGAUAAAAGCACAAUUGGAAUUAUUAUUGUUAUAUUAAUAUGCAUAAUUAUUUCAUUAUUCAAAUAUUUCAUAAUUUUUGCAUUAUAUCAAACCGAUAUUUAUAUAAAAACCUGAGGUAAAAUGCAUUGAAUACGCAUAUUAUAAUAAGUCCUGAUUGUCGCUAGAGAAAAUAAUUUAAUCAAGAAAGUAUAUAAGAUUAUAGUUAAAAAGA